GGGUGGGGCGAGGGCUUUGGGCGCAGCCCCAGGGCCCCGGGCGGGAGGUCGCUUGGGUCGGGUGUCGCCUGAGAACCGGAUGAGGCGGCGACCGUGAGGCCGAGCCGGGAGCGGGCGUCGCGCCGAGGCCCGGGCGGACGGGGAGCAACGGCCGUGGACGCCGCGGGGCCGCGUCGUUGAAGGCAGGGGCGGGUGGGGAGCGCGGGGCGCUCGGGCCGGGGCCACCGGCGCCAUGGGCAACCGCGGGAUGGAAGAACUGAUCCCGCUGGUCAACAAGCUGCAGGAUGCCUUCAGCUCCAUCGGCCAGAGCUGCCACCUGGACCUGCCGCAGAUUGCCGUGGUGGGCGGCCAGAGCGCCGGCAAGAGCUCAGUGCUCGAGAACUUCGUGGGCCGGGACUUCCUUCCCCGAGGUUCAGGAAUCGUCACUCGGCGGCCUCUCAUUCUGCAGCUCAUCUUCUCAAAAACAGAAUAUGCUGAGUUUUUACACUGCAAGUCCAAAAAGUUUACAGACUUUGAAGAAGUCCGACAGGAGAUCGAAGCGGAGACCGACAGGGUCACGGGGACCAAUAAAGGCAUCUCCCCAGUGCCCAUCAACUUGCGGGUCUACUCACCACACGUGUUGAACCUGACCCUCAUCGACCUGCCGGGCAUCACCAAGGUGCCCGUGGGGGACCAGCCCCCAGACAUCGAGUACCAGAUCAAGGACAUGAUCCUGCAGUUCAUCAGCCGGGAGAGCAGCCUCAUCCUCGCCGUCACCCCCGCCAACAUGGACCUGGCCAACUCGGACGCCCUCAAGCUGGCCAAGGAGGUCGACCCUCAAGGCCUGCGGACCAUUGGCGUCAUCACCAAGCUUGACCUGAUGGACGAAGGCACUGAUGCCAGGGAUGUCCUGGAGAACAAGCUGCUCCCCUUGAGAAGAGGCUACAUUGGUGUGGUGAACCGCAGCCAGAAGGACAUCGAGGGCAAGAAGGACAUUCGUGCAGCUCUGGCGGCUGAGAGGAAAUUCUUCCUCUCCCACCCCGCCUACCGGCACAUGGCUGACCGCAUGGGCACCCCACACCUGCAGAAGACUCUGAAUCAGCAACUGACCAAUCACAUCCGGGAGUCGCUGCCAGCCUUGCGCAGCAAGCUGCAGAGCCAGCUGCUGUCCUUGGAGAAGGAGGUGGAGGAGUAUAAGAACUUCCGACCUGACGAUCCCACUCGCAAGACCAAAGCUCUGCUGCAGAUGGUCCAGCAAUUUGGGGUGGACUUUGAGAAGAGGAUCGAGGGUUCUGGAGACCAAGUGGACACGCUAGAGCUCUCCGGGGGCGCCCGAAUCAAUCGCAUCUUCCAUGAGCGGUUUCCCUUUGAGCUGGUGAAGAUGGAGUUUGAUGAGAAGGACUUAAGACGGGAGAUCAGCUAUGCCAUUAAGAACAUCCAUGGAGUCAGGACCGGGCUCUUCACCCCGGACUUGGCAUUCGAGGCCAUUGUGAAAAAGCAGGUCGUCAAGCUGAAAGAGCCCUGUCUGAAAUGUGUCGACCUGGUUAUCCAGGAGCUAAUCAAUACAGUUAGGCAGUGUACCAGUAAGCUCAGCUCCUACCCCCGGCUGCGAGAGGAGACGGAACGAAUCGUCACCACUUACAUCCGGGAACGGGAGGGGAGAACCAAGGACCAGAUUCUUCUUCUGAUCGACAUCGAGCAGUCCUACAUCAACACGAACCACGAGGACUUCAUUGGAUUUGCCAAUGCCCAGCAGAGAAGCACACAGCUGAACAAGAAGAGAGCCAUCCCCAACCAGGGGGAGAUCUUGGUGAUCCGCCGGGGCUGGCUGACCAUCAACAACAUCAGCCUGAUGAAGGGCGGCUCCAAGGAAUACUGGUUUGUGCUGACAGCCGAGUCACUGUCCUGGUACAAGGAUGAGGAGGAGAAAGAGAAGAAGUACAUGCUGCCUCUGGACAACCUCAAAAUCCGUGAUGUGGAAAAGGGCUUCAUGUCCAACAAGCAUGUCUUCGCCAUCUUCAACACAGAGCAGAGGAACGUCUACAAGGACCUGCGGCAGAUCGAGCUGGCCUGUGACUCCCAGGAGGACGUGGACAGCUGGAAGGCCUCAUUCCUCCGAGCCGGGGUCUACCCUGAGAAGGACCAGGCAGAGAAUGAGGAUGGAGCCCAGGAGAACACCUUCUCCAUGGACCCGCAGCUAGAGCGCCAGGUGGAGACCAUUCGAAACCUGGUGGACUCAUACGUGGCCAUCAUCAACAAGUCCAUCCGUGAUCUCAUGCCAAAGACCAUCAUGCACCUCAUGAUCAAUAACACGAAGGCCUUCAUCCACCAUGAGCUGCUGGCCUACCUGUACUCGUCAGCCGACCAGAGCAGCCUCAUGGAGGAGUCAGCUGACCAGGCCCAGCGGCGGGACGACAUGCUGCGCAUGUACCAUGCGCUCAAGGAGGCACUCAACAUCAUUGGGGACAUCAGCACCAGCACCGUGUCCACGCCGGUGCCCCCGCCCGUUGAUGACACCUGGCUCCAGAGCACCAGCAGCCACAGCCCCACUCCGCAACGCCGGCCUGUGUCCAGCGUGCACCCCCCAGGCCGGCCCCCAGCAGUGAGGGGCCCCACCCCGGGGCCCCCCCUGAUUCCUGUGCCGGUGGGAGCAGCAGCCUCCUUCUCCGCGCCCCCCAUCCCAUCCCGGCCUGGACCCCAUCCUGGCGUGUUUGCCAACAAUGACCCCUUCUCGGCCCCGCCUCAGAUCCCAUCUCGACCAGCUCGGAUUCCACCCGGCAUACCCCCCGGAGUCCCCAGGCGACCACCUCCAUCGGCUCCUGCCCGACCUUUCUUCUGAACUUCGUGGGAGACCCCUCCCGCCUGCCUGGCUGCCCCCUUGGGGGCAGGUCUGUCCCGGCUGGUGUCCCUGAGCCCCAGUCAUAAGGCUCUAUGAUUUUCUGACCAUAAUUUAUUGACUCCAGUGCUCAGGCCAGAUUGCUCUUUGUUCCAUGAGGCUCUUGUGCAGGCUUUGGCUGGGCCACCCCUCAGCCCUGUCUGGGGCCCCUGCAGGGAAAGCGGGAGGGGCGGGUGGUCUUACAGGCCCUGCUCCCUGAGUUCUGUUACCAGACCUCACACCCAGCCCGCCCCCCCGCUAGGCCAAAGGGCCAGAGCCCCUUCCUGUCAAUAAAGUGACUGUUCUGGCAAGAACACUGCAGCCACGUCUCCUUCCCGGCCUCUGGCAUGAGCAGGCCACUCCCAGCAGCAGCACAGGCCUUGGGUGGAGCCACAAGAAGGCAGGCAUGGGAUCCCACAGCAGCAAGUCCCCUCCUAUGGUCACCUGGCUUGGAGGUGCCAGCAGGGAAGGGAAAGACUUGGCUUCUUGGGCCCCGUGCUGCACCAUGGAUUGCUAGUGCAGGCUGGAAGAUUCCAGCUAAGGCACAAUUACAGGAGGAGUGAGAAGCAGGGCCAGAAAAUCCAAAGGUUGCUUUCGGAUGCUGCAGUGCCCCCCAUGCACAGUUUUCCAGGAAAACAGGUUCAGCCACUGAGCUAUCCCUCCUGGGGGGCCCUUGCCUACAAGCCAGCCUGUGUUCUUGCUGGGCCCUGGAAGGGAGGGGACCCGCAGGGGCCACACCUCAGGCCCAGACUGCACAGCUUCCCUUCCUGUAGGAAACUAAGCUGGGGAAGGGACCCCCCCAGUCUCACGCAUGCGCCUUGCUGCUCCUCCUUUCCCCUGUUCUUCCAUGGCAGGGGGCUACGUAGGCACAGGGCGCUUGUCCUGAAAGAAGCGCUUGAGAGUGCAGACUUGCAGCACGGCCACGAGUAGCAACACGGCCACAUUCACAGCUGACCAGAAGUUGACUCGCUCCAGGUUGCCCUCUUGCAGGUUGCGGUCACGUGCCUCAAAGGCCCGCAGCAGAGUCAGCAUUUGGAUGCUGCGCUCAAGCCGGGUCCUCAUGGUCUCAAUGGACUCCUGUGGCACAGAGGGAGAAGCAGGGUGAGCCUCUGUCAUGCAGAAUAGUGUGAGAAUUCGUGUUUGGGGGCAGAGAGCUGAGAGCACAGACUCAGUGGCCAGGCUGCCUGAGUCUAAAUCCUUCCACCACUCUCUGGCUGUGUGACCAUGAGCAAGUAAAUAAUCUCUCUGGGCCUCAGUUUCCUCCUCAGAAUUAAACCUCCAAGUUGCCGUGAGAAUUGAAUGCCUAAUGAAGUAUAAAGAACAUACUUACUAUGGUUAAUAAAUAGUUAGUGAAGCCAGA